AAAUUCGGGAUCCAAGCAUGCCACAACAGCAGCUAGGUAUCCGCCUAUCCUCCCCCAAAGUCACCGCAGGCGCAGCAGCAGGCUUCCCCCGUCCGAGAGAGCACGGAGACUCCACCGAGUGAUGCCACUACUGCAGCAAGAAAAGCACCCAGCAACCGCGCAUAUUGUCGACGCCUGCCGCCGGAGGACCCGACUCCAGCACAGUCUCGGCCCUUGACAGAAGAGAGAGCCCCCCCACUCCCCCUCGGCUCCGUUCCCGUCCCGACUCCAGGAUGUCCGACUGCAACGCAAGUCCCUCCGACCGGGUGAUCAAAUCGGUCCCCUUCCCCCUGGCCCAUCGGCUUACCAUGAAGGAGGUGUUUGACGCCGAAGGCCGGCCGCGGGUGGACCUGCUCAAAGCUCACCUCACCAAGGAGGGCCGCCUGGAGGAGGCCGUGGCCCUGCGCAUCAUCGAUGAGGGCGCCGCCAUCCUGCGCCAGGAGCGCACUAUGUUGGACAUUGAGGCGCCAGUCACGGUGUGUGGAGAUAUCCAUGGCCAGUUUUUCGACCUGAUGAAGCUGUUUGAAGUGGGAGGUUCUCCUGCCAACACACGCUACCUCUUCCUAGGGGACUAUGUGGACAGGGGCUACUUCAGUAUCGAGUGUGUGUUAUACCUGUGGUCACUGAAAAUCCUCUACCCAAAGACACUCUUUCUUCUACGGGGAAACCAUGAAUGUAGACAUCUGACAGAAUAUUUCACCUUCAAACAAGAAUGUAAGAUCAAGUAUUCAGAGCAGGUGUAUGACUCCUGCAUGGAGGCGUUUGAUUGCCUGCCCCUGGCAGCCCUGAUGAACCAGCAGUUCCUGUGUGUGCAUGGGGGGCUUUCACCAGAGAUCCACACACUGGACGAUAUCAAGAAGUUGGACCGGUUCAAGGAGCCCCCAGCGUUUGGGCCCAUGUGCGACCUGCUGUGGGCCGACCCCCUGGAAGACUUUGGCAAUGAGAAGACCCAGGAGUACUUUGGCCACAACACAGUCAGAGGCUGCUCCUAUUUCUACAGUUACCCAGCGGUGUGCGAGUUCCUACAGACCAACAACCUGCUGUCAAUCAUCAGAGCGCAUGAAGCACAGGAUGCUGGGUACCGUAUGUACAGGAAGAGUCAGACUACAGGUUUCCCAUCCCUCAUCACAAUCUUCUCUGCUCCAAACUACCUGGAUGUCUACAACAACAAAGCGGCGGUGCUUAAGUAUGAAAACAACGUGAUGAACAUCCGUCAGUUCAACUGCUCUCCUCACCCCUACUGGCUGCCCAACUUCAUGGACGUCUUCACCUGGUCUCUGCCUUUCGUGGGAGAAAAGGUGACUGAGAUGUUGGUCAAUGUCCUGAGUAUCUGCUCUGACGACGAACUCAUGAAUGACGGGGAGGAGAUUUUCGAUGCCAGUGCAGCAGCAGCUAGGAAAGAGGUGAUCAAAAACAAGAUUCGAGCCAUUGGGAAGAUGGCUAAAAUGUUCUCUGUUCUACGGGAGGAGAGUGAGAACGUGUUGACCCUGAAGGGACUGACCCCUACAGGCAUGCUUCCCAGCGGAGUGCUGUCUGGGGGCAAACAGACCUUGCAGAGCGCUACCAUUGAGGCCAUUGAAGCCAUCGAGACAGUUAAGGAUGCUGAAGCCAUCCGAGGCUUCUCCCCGCAGCAUCGGAUCAGCAGUUUCGAAGAGGCCAAAGGUCUGGAUCGGAUCAACGAAAGAAUGCCUCCGCGGCGCGAUGCCGUCAACAGCGUGGGCCUGUCAAUGGGCCGCAUGAACAUGGGAGAGCCCAAUGGGACCGACAGCAACAGCAAUAUACAGUGAUGGACACACACUCCCACAUGCCCAGACACAUACCUGCAGUUACAACAACUCUGAUAUGGUACCAUAUUUAUAGAUACGUGUACAUAGGCAUAUAUACACAAGAAAAACGCACCACACAGACACAGUAUUACACACACUCAAUGGGCUACAUCUCACACACACACACACACACACAAUUAUCUACCCCAUUCCCGUUGCCCUCAGCUGUAUGUAAAGGCAUGAGCAUACCUGGACUUUACCACCAAAGGCUGAGUCUCUUUCACUGAACUGAUGGGCCCUAUCUAAAGAACUACAACUCCCAUGUACCUGCAAAACAACAGGAGAAAAACUAUAAAAACACUCCCCAUGCAAAACAGCAGGAGCUGCUGUUCACCGUGUAUGUUGGGGAUCACCAGUGGGUUGACAGUGUCAGCAUGACGUGGCUGUGUCAGUGGCGUGUGUUGUGUCAGGCGGAGUCACAUGUUUG